AUGGGAGGCAUCGACCUUAUGAAGAAACUCGCAUCAGAGCAAAAAAUUCACGUGAAGUUCCUGCUGAAAGUGUCUCGAGGUCUGCUACAGAUGGACAGAGAAAUACCAGAACACCUGCUCCAAUACCAAACAAUGAUGCCAGGAGUAUGCUACUGUGACGAGGGAACUUAUCAAGACAGUGGAGAGGAUGCCUCGUCGAUGGCAGUAGAAAGCAGAUGCUAUGGCCCACCAGAUACUUCCAGAGGCUGGGCGCUUACACAAGGAUGGUUUUACGACCAGAGCAGAGACCAGUGUCGUGUUUUCCACUUUCCUGAUCCAUAUUUUGAUCAUAAGAAAAACAAGUUUCAAACUGUAACAGAAUGCCGGAGAAUAUGCAGGGGGACAGUACCUCUCGAGUGCUUUAUAGAGCCUCCACACAUCAAUAGGACACGGGGUCUUCCAGCGACAACGUAUAAUUCAACCCAAGGAGCAUGCAUAGAUAUUACAGUUAGAGCGGGUGAACAUGAACCCAAUAUCUUCAAACGUAAAAUGAAAUGUAUUGAAAAAUGUAGAGAUCCAGAAUACGGACAGUGUGCUCCAUCAGCUGCAGUGAAUUGCGGCCGCUCAACCGGCUACCGGUAUAAUGUUGAUACACAAACAUGUGAAAAAAACCCAGUAAAUAAAUGUGGUCCUUUUACCAGUUUAGAGGCUUGUUAUGAACGUUGCGCAAGGUAUGUACAGAAAAAGUGCAAUAUUCCCCUUCUCACAUCAAAGUAUUGUGACACUGUGGAGGCUAGGUACUGGUACAAUGCAAAGAGUAAGAAAUGUGAACAAAUUAUGGGAUGUUCAGAUGAUGUUACCAACUUCCCAACGGCCAAAAAGUGUUGGGAGACAUGUUCAAGUAAAGAGGAGAGCCGCUGCCUGCAACCUCCAGACCUGGGAAGACUUGGUUUUGGAAGAAGGCGUUACUAUUACAAUAUAACCGCAAACGAAUGUCAGACAACCACUCAGGUCGCCAUUUGGCAGAAUACAAAUAAUAAAAAUAAUUUCAAGUGGCUCAAAGACUGUAAGGAGGCAUGCAUGCGUAAGUCUUCGUUUCAUAUUUGA